AUGGAGCCUUCGCGAGAAGAGAAGAGCGGGUUCAGAAGAACUCAUCGACAAGCGAUGAAUUUUACAAGGGAAAAAGACUUUAAAGAAAUAUAUACAAGACAGUCAACAGAAAAGACUUGUCCUAUGUUUCAAGGUGGACACUUCCUCGUCGACUGCCAGAAGUUUCAGAAGACGUCAGUGCAAGAUCGAUGGGCAACAGUAAAGAAAAGUCACGUUUGCUUCAAAUGUCUUCAAGAGAAACAUCGAAAGAGAGCUGCACCAUGUAAGCGGUGGCAUCAUCAUUUGCUGCAUGUCGAAUCAGAAGACAGGACCUCGGGAGAGAAGAAGGCACAAGAAGAAGUAGCAAGCGUCAUGACAUCAGUGAAUGCAGUCAACAACGCAAGGGCAUACCUGAAGAUAGUUCCAGGAGAAAUCUUCGGGCCAAAAGGUUCCAAAAGAAUAUUGGCCCUGAUGGAUGAAGGGUCGACAGUGUCGCUUAUUGAUAAGAAGGUGGCAGAAGAAGUUGGGGCUCAAAGCAACAGAGAGGAACUGGUCAUCGGGACAGUAGGAGGCAGGCAAAUCAAAAAGAAGGAUUCUCAGACAUUAGACCUUGUAGUUAAGAGGAUUCAUCGAGGAAGCAAGAAGACCUUGAAGAGAGUCCGGACUAUCAACGAGCUGAAUCUUGCACCACAGUUCUUAGAGAAGAAAAGGAUAGAAGAAAGCCAACAUUUGAAGAAGAACGCCGCUUUAUUACAAAGGGGAAUCACCACAGCUGCUCAUUGGUCAAGACAACUGGGAGCUAAUAGUGACUCAAGAAGUAAGGAAAGUUAA